ACCUGAACGUUUGUUCAUAAUAUUUUAAAUUUUUACAUGAACAAAAAAAAAAAAAAAAAUUGUAAGUUUGAAAAAAGCGAGCUGAGGGAAUUAUACUUCCGCUAAACUGUACAUAAGUAGUAUAGUGUACCAUAUGACCCCUUUUUUGAAGCAAAUAUAAAGGAAUAUAUAGAAAAGCCUUUGUGAAAAACUCCCCAUCGCAAAAAUGUCGCUCAAAUUGCAGAAGAGAUUAGCCGCGUCUGUGUUGAAGUGUGGAAAGAACAAAAUAUGGAUGGACCCAAACGAAAUUAGCGAAAUUUCGCUAGCCAAUUCGAGAUUCAGCAUAAGGAAGCUGUACAAGGAGGGCCUCAUUUUAAAGAAGCCGCAGAAGGUGCACAGCAGAGCCAGGGUCAGACUGUACAAGUUGGCAAAAAGAAAGGGAAGACAUAUGGGUAUAGGUAAAAGAAGAGGUACGAAGAACGCCAGAACGAAUCAGAAAACCUUGUGGAUUAAACGACAGCGUGUGUUGAGGAGACUGCUAAAGAGAUUGAGGGAUGCCAAGAAAAUAGAUAGACACUUGUACCACUCCUUUUAUUUGAAAUGCAAAGGUAACCAAUUUAAAAAUAAGAGGACGUUAAUUGAGGCCAUACAGAGAGAGAAAACGGAGACCCUGAAGAAGAAAUCAAUAGCCGACCAGUUGGAGGCCAAGCGAUUAAAGGCCCAGGUGCUACGAAACAAGAGAAAGUUAAAGAAGGACAAGGAGGCCCUAUCCUAAACGGUGUGCGCAGCAUCGCUUGGAGCGCGACACGUGUGCGAGUAUCUUCUUAGUUAAAGGGAAGAAGGAAGGAAAGAGAUCCAUAAGCAUGGGAUAGGAUGAGAUGAGAUAGCCGCUUGAACUACGGAGUAUCGCUCAGUCGAGAAGGACAGACGAACAUGGAAGACGCUGCGAGCGCGCAGAUGCUGCCUUAUACACAUGUGUGCGAAGGCACGCAUAUAUGUACAGACGGACCACCUCGUACGUACACGAUACAUGCGUGUGGCACUUCGCGCAUAUCUCCACGUGGCUGUAAGAGGCGCGGCUCCUCCCCGUGCGUGCGUGCGUAUGUAGGGCGCGCAGCGGGCUGCCUAUUGGAAGGCGCAAGUGGCGAAAACGGUGAGAAUGUGAAAGUGUAAAAAUGUGAAAAUGCAAAAAUGUGAAAAGGCAAAAAUGUGAAAAGGCAAAAAUGUGAAAGUGUAAAAAUUGCAAAUAUUGUAAACAUUGCCAAUGCUGCAACGUGAAAACGACGCACCGCACGCGCCACUCUAAAACUUGAACAAAUUAAAUUCC